AUGGGGUUCUUUGAGAAAUUUCUUCCACCCAACGACCGCUAUGCAGCACUUUUGCUAUAUGGAAUGGUCUUUUCGACCUGUUUCAAUGGUUACGAUGCCGGUAUCAUGACCGUCAUUUUGGCGGACAAACAAUUCAUUGAAUAUUAUGCGGUUGAUGCGGCGCGCACCGGCACAAUUGCUGCAGCGCCAUGGGCCACAACUGGUCUUGCUCAGUUAUUUGUUGGCGGUACUCUGGCCAGCCUUGUUGGUAGACUUUGGGCUUUGCGCAUUUCUAUCAGUGUCAUGAUUAUUGGCGUUGUGGUUCAAAGCAUUCCCAAUACGUACGGUGUGCUAAUCUUUGGCCGUCUUCUAACUGGCCUUGGCUUUGGCUGUGUCUAUAUCGCCACAUCACUAUAUGUCGCCGAAUGCAGUCCAAGGCUGCUACGUGGAAGUUUUGUUGGAACUGUGACCCAGUUUGGGUACCAGCUAGGGACUUUCAUUGCUUUCUGGACGGGGUCAGUGGUUGCACCCAUUGGUAAUGCAGUCGAAGAAAUACUGACAGUACGCAGCUAUGGCAUGAGCUUCCACACGUCGCCUUUCAAUAUCGCUUGGCGCGUCUCCAACGUUAUUCAAAUUCCGAUCGGCAUCAUGUUUAUUGUGCUCAGCUUCUGGUAUCCAGAGUCUCCUCGCUGGCUUUUGGAGAAGAACCCAGAUAACACUGAUCGUGUCUUGGAUGUUCUGUGCAAACUUCGAAUGGGCACGCCUGAUUCCGAGCAUGUGCGGCAGGAGUUUCAUGAGCUUGUCGCCGCUUCAGAAGCGCGUAGGCGAUGCGAUACUGGCUACAAAGGUCUUUUUACUUCCCCUGGUAUGCGAAAGAGACUUUGCUAUGGACUCUAUGCCACUGCGCUGCAACAGGCUGGUGGAAUUGCAGCGUUGACAAUGUACGCAACACUUAUAUACGAGUCUCUGGGGUGGAACGAGGGUCGCCAAGCUCUUGCAAUCAACGGCAUACAGGCAGCCCUACAAUUGGUGAUCGUGCUAGUGAACACCUUCACUGUAGACCGUUUCGGACGAAAGCCGCUUCUGAUUGCGGGAUUUUCCAUUCAAGCGAUUGCUUUACUUGUCCUUUCGUGUCUUCUAACCGCUUUCCCUAGUAAUAGUAACAAGGCCGCUGCAGUGGUUGAAGUAGCCAUGCUGUUCAUCGUUGGCCUUACGUACUGCUGGUCUAACGGUCCAAUCCCACCGGCCAUCGCAUCUGAAAUAUUUCCACAAGAGGUCCGCGACAAAGCUUUUGGAUUCUCUUUACUUGGGCAAACUGUUUGUCUUCUCGCUUUGACUCAGUCAUGGCCGACUUUCAACGCCGAGGUUGGUGGCAAAAGCUACUGGCUUUUGUUUGGACUAAAUACAUUAUUAUUGGUGUCGGUGAUCUUCAUUCUACCCGAGACGAAAGGCGUCUCACUUGAGCGUAUGGAGAAGAUUUUUGGCGAGGUUGAUGCUGUUGAGGUCGGAGAGACAGAGGGUGCCGAGAAGGUGGAAGCUGUUGCGUACUCGCAUGCGGAGCACAAGACAAAUCUGCCAUAA